AUGAGUAAUAAUAAUAGUAAUAAUAGUGACAAUAGCGAUAAUGAAAGAAAGGAAUACCUAUUGGGUUUACUAAAAAAAGGUUGUCAAGUAUCAAACAGAGAGAGAGAAGAGUUGAUGUUUAAAUUUAAAAUUACUGACCUCUCAAUAUUUAGACAAAAUAAUAAUAUCAAUAUAAAUAAUAAUAAUAAUAAUGAUAAUAAUGGUAAUCCACCACAAGAGAAAUUAUCAAAUGAUUUUUCAAAUUUAAAAAUUAAUAAUGAUGGUAAUAAUAGUAAAGAGAAUUACCUUAAAAAAUAUCAAUAUAGAGCAAGUGACGAUAUUGAACAAAAUCUCAAUAAAAAGAAUGAGAUGGAAGAAUUGGCCAAAAAAGAAAGACUUCAAAAAAUAAAAGAAAUAAAGCAACAACAAAAGCAAAAGCAUCCAGAUUUAUUUAGAGACAAUAACAAUAACAACAAUAAUAACAAUAAUAAUAAUAUUAAUAAUAUUAGUAUCAAUAACCACACCAACAACAAUAAUGACCACAGUGAUGCUGAGGAAGAUAUAAAUCUAAGUAAUGAUCCACAAGAUUUAAGUGGUGAUAGUGAUGAAGAUUUAUUGGUAUUGGAGUCAAAAAUAAUAAAGGAUAAAAAAGACUAUGCAUGUGAAAAUUGUAAGUGGUGUGAUGGUUUUGAACCAUUAAAUGGUUUUGGUAAUUUAGAAAUAUGUUCAAGUUGUAAAUGUAAAUUAAUUCACCAUAUACCUUCCUAUAAUAAUGAAGAGGAGGAUGAUGAUGAUGGCGAAGAUUAUGAAGAUUAUGAAGAAGAUACCGAAGAUAGUUUACACAGAAAAUUGUCAAAAAAUAAUAAUUCCCAAAUUUAUAAUAAAUUCAUUUUGUCAGUAUCACAACCAUCAUCAGCAUUUCAAUUAAAUACAUUAGGAAAUAGUACUGGAAUACCCAAUAAUAAUAAUAACAACAACAACAGUAACAAUAAUAAUAACAAUAAUAACAAUAACAAUGGUAAUAGUCAAUUUUUAUCAAGACAACAUACAUUAAAUUAUUUUUUAAAUAAAAAAAAGAAAUCAUUUUUUGAAAGGCAUCAAAAAGUUUUUAACAAAUUUUUACCACCAAGAUUGAAGCCCGCAAUUUACAGAAGAUGUUGUAUUUUCCAAAAUUUAUUAGUAACAAUAACAAUUUCAAUUUUAUUAUUUAUUUAUCAACUAGUUAUUUAUAAAAACGAGAAAGAUAUAGAAGCUAAAGAAAAAAGAUUCAGAAAUAUAUUCGAUACUAGUUCCGAAGCUUUGGUUAUUCAUAGAAAUGGAAUAAUAAUGGAUGUAAAUAGUACUUUUGAAAAAAUGUUUGAAGUAGAGGCUGAUGACUUAUUAAACCCAGUACCUUGUGCAAUUUGGGAAUUAUUACCUGAAAUGGAGUCUUAUUUCCAAAGUAGUAAUAGAAUAAAGGAUACACUUAGAAAUAGUAAUAAUACUAAUAGUAACAACAAUAACAACAAUAAUAGUAGCAUUUUAAAUAAUAGCAAUGUUUUAAAUAUAAAUAAUUUAAAUUUUUUAAAUAAUUUAAAUAACCCAACAAAUAAUAUAACAAAUGGUGGUAAUAAUAGCACAUUAAAUAGCAAUAAUAAUAGUAUAAACAAUAGUAGAUCAAAUAGUUUUAUAAUGAAUGGUAACAAUAUGAUUGGUGGUGGCAUAAACAUUGAAACAAAUAGUGGUAUAGGUAAUAGAAUGAUAACUAGAACAAGUAGAUCAAAUACAGGUUUAUCAGAUAAUAGUAGUAUAUUUGAUGAUAGUGAUAGUGUCGAUUUCUUUUCACUAAAGAAUAUAAAUAAGCAACCAAUUGUUUUUGAUACAAUAGGAAUUAAACCAUGUGGCGCAGAGUUUACAGUUCAAGUCAAAAUAGAAAAUAAAUAUGAUAAAGUUUCUUCAAGUGAUUUCGAUGUAGUUUCAAUUAUCGAUACGACUGCUAGAAAGAAGUUAAUAAUUGCAGAUCAACAACUAAGAAGAGCAGAGGAAAUAAAUGAUGCUAAGAUUAGAUUUCUUACAACUGUUUCACACGAAGUUAGAACUCCAAUAAGUGGUAUAUUAUCAUCUGUUGGUAUUCUCGAUGAAAGUUUGGUAGAUUCAAAUCAAAGAGAGUAUUUAGGUUUCAUCAAAGAUUCAGCCGAUUAUCUCUUGGAUUUAAUUACUGAUAUUUUAGAUUUUUCUAAAAUAGAAGCUGGAAAAAUGGAAUUGGAGCGUGUAGAAUUUAAUCUAUUAAAAAUGUUAGAAGACAGUAUAAAUAUAGUCUAUAGAAAUGCACAUGACCGUGGAAUUAAUGUUAUACACUUUGUAGAGCCAGAUGUUCCUAUAUUUUUAAUUGGAGACUCACAUAGAAUCAAGCAGGUAUUAUUAAACUAUUUGUCGAAUGCCAUUAAAUUCACAUCUAAAGGCCAAGUAAUGGUUAAAGUUUCAUUGGUAGAAAAAACAAACGAAGGAAUAAAAGUAAUGUUUUCUGUUGAAGAUAGUGGUGUCGGUAUCAAGGACGAGUUUCAAGAGCAAUUGUUCCAACCAUUUCAUCAAGUUGGAUCACUUAGACAAUAUUUGGGUACUGGUUUAGGUUUAUCAAUUUCCAAAAGAUUAACUGCAAUGAUGGGUGGUGAGGUUGGCUUUAGAAGUACAUUUGGGGUUGGCUCCACUUUUUACUUUACAUCAUUAUUUCAAAUAAAUCCAAAUUCAUUACUUCCAUUAGGCACUAUGGGUUCAAUUUUAUCAACUACUUUAUUAAAUAAAAUGGACAGUAUCAAUUUAUUUCAAAAAAUUAAUGGUUUCAUAUAUGAUGAUAAUAUAAAUGUAUCAAAAUCAAUUUCAAAUUUCCUAAAUUUAUUAUCAAUUCAAUUAAAGGUUAUUAAUCCAUCAAAUGACAACAAUCUGAAAUUUGAAUUAACAAAUUUUUUAAAUAAUUUAAUUGAUACUCAAAAUAACAAAUUAAACAAUCAAGAAAUACUUUCCGAUGAAGAUGAUGAGGAACACUUUGAUCAAAAGCAAAGAGAUGGCCAAAAGGAAGAGGAGGAGGAGGAAUAUACCAUCAUUAUUACAAAUUCAUUAUCAAAUGAAAAUUUAAAUCACUUUAAAGAAAAAUAUAAAUUGAUCCCAAAUACUCAAAAUAUUUAUUGGUUUUGUUUAAAUGAUAAUAGUUUACAAGUAAUAGAUCCAUUUUAUGAUGGAAUUGUAAAGAAACCAUGCAAUUUUCCAAAUAUUGUUGAAACCAUAUUUAAAGUUUUUAAUCAAGUACUUCAAAUUGACCAUUACUAUGUUUUAACAAAUAGAUCCAAAGAAGAUUAUAGACUAUACUGUAAACAAAGAAAAGAAAAUGAUUUUAAAAAUAACAAUAAUAAUGUAAAUAUAAAUAAUAGUAAUAAUACAUUAAAUAUUAGUGGUGGCUCCCAAAAUUUAAAUAGUUCAGGUGGAAAUACUCGUCACAGAAACAAAUUCAAUAACUCAAAGAUGAGUCCAUUAAAUAGAACAAAACAGGUUUUUGUACGCAAAAAUACAAAUGGAAUAUAUAGUGAUCAUGUACCAAUUACAAGAGGUUUAAUUCAAGAUGUUUCUCCAAGACUAUCAUCAUCACCAGUAAGUUUGGCAAUACCACAAAUCAAUAUUAAUAACAAGGGUAAUAGAAACAUUUCCCCCAGACUAAAUGGCUCAUCAUCCAAUACUCCUAUUAGCACAAGUGCAGUUGUAACUCCAACAUUCCAAUCAACAUCAUCAAAUGGAGUUUUAGUUUCAAAUAUAAAUAUAAAUAUAAACGGUAGCGGGUUUUUUAGUGGGGCAGAAUGUAUUAGUUCAAGUAUUUCACCCUCAAUUCAAAAUUCUAAUGGUUGUUUUUCACCAACAAGUGGUACAGCAUCACCCACAAUCAUUAGCACAUCACCCGAAUUAAAAUCUAUAUCAAAUGAUCCAAAUGAUUUAAACAACAGUGUAAAUAACAAUAAUAGUGUAAAUAACAAUAUAAACAAUAGCAAUAAUAAUAUAAUUGUUAAAAGACAAAUAUCAACUGAAUCAAUUAAAAAAGAAAAUGGUACACCAAACACUGCAUCAACGAAAACACAAGCAAUUAUACCUCCUUUAGAUAUUCAAUCAAACUCUAUUUUAUCAGCAUUAAGAUUUGCAGAUAGUUCUGAUGGAAGUAAUAACAAUAGCCCAAAUAUAGUUCCAAUUGAUAGAAAUCAAUAUAAAAUUUUAUUAGUUGAUGAUAAUAUUGUAAAUAUUAAAAUAUUUUCAAAGUACAUUAAGGAUGGGGGUUAUCAACAUGAUAUAGCCAUGGACGGUAACCAAGCAAUAGAAGCAACUAAAAAGAAUUACUAUCCAAUCAUUUUUAUGGAUUGUCAUAUGGACCCUAUGGACGGAUAUCAAGCUACUGAAAUUAUCAGAAAAUUCGAAAAAUCAUUAGUAAAUUGCCACGGUAAAAUUCAUUAUAAAAAAUCAACCAUUAUAGCACUCACAGCAUUGGACUUGGGUGGAAUGUCAAGUGGUAAAGAUAAAUGUUUAGAUAUUGGUAUGGAUGAUUUCUUACAAAAACCAAUUAAACCAAAAACUAUAAUAGAUACAAUAGAAAAGCAUAUAAAGAAAUUUAAUAUCAAUGAUAUCGAAUAUGGUUUACUUAGCCUUAAAGAAUGGAAGCUUGAUGUAGAUGUUUAG